UGCCCGCUCCGAGCGUCCCUAGGCUGCUACUACCUAUGGGAGUACAUAUCUAGGUACCUAGGUACCUAUGCUUAAUAUUAAUGUAAGUGCACGGGCCAAUGACGAUGCUAUAUGCACCUUUCCCUCGCUUGAGGCAAGCUCCUUUUUGUUACAUAGAUGGAGGUACAUAUGGAUGGAGGUAAGUAAGUCCGGUGGCUAAACGCCUCACCUUUCAUUGUGGCACAUUGCCUUGUCUAGGUACCUAGGUACCUAACCUAGGUAAAUACAACUUGCACCGUGCGGGGUGAUUGCGCUUUCUGCAGAUAAUACAUACGAAACUACCUAAAAUAUCAAGACAGAUUCACUCCCUCCACUGUGUCGCUACGUAAUAGCGGGACUGUGAUACGGACGAAUAUAGAAUUUCAAUACGAUAAGUCAAAGAGUUACGACAACCUACCUACCUACCUACCUACCUACCUAUCUUUUAUAUCCACCAAAAUACCGAAAUCAUACCAACGAUCUGAACAAUAUGUCUUCGGCAGCUCCAACAACCUCGUCACAACCCAAGAAGCCCAAGGGCAUCUUAAAGAAACCCACAACCACCACCACCACCACCACCACCACCACCACCAACACCUCGUCUCCUUCCGCAGCCAUAGCCCCCAUCUCCCCCUUCCCAAUCCAAGAACACAAACCAACCGCCUCCAAACCCAACGCCCGCGAAACAGCCAUCCAACAAGCGCGCAUAAUCCAGCAGCAGCACGCAUUCGAAGACGAGAUCCAGGACUCCAUCAUCGAGCUGUCCAAGCUGCCCCUAGCCUCCUCGGCUGCAUACGACUCCUCGAACCCUUCCCCUUCCGACGCCGACACCUUCCGGCAGCUAGUCCGGCUCUUCCAGCCGGGCGACUACGAGGACCUGAUCGAAGAGCGCAACACGCUUAAGAAAUGCGGGUACGCGCUGUGCCCGCGCCCGCGCGUGCGUCUCGGCCCGGGCGGCGAGUACAAGCUGGUGAGCUGGGGGCGGGGCGACUUUGGCAUCGUGCCGCGGAAGGAGUUAGAGCGGUGGUGCUCGCGGGAGUGCGCCCGCCGGGCCAUGUACGUCAAGGUGCAGCUUGGUGAGACCGCGGCCUGGGAACGGGCAGGCAUUUCGUCUAUCCGGAUCGAUCUGCUGGACGAGCCGAAGCAGGCCGAGGAAGAAGAAGAAGACGAUGCGACUAGACGGCUCGAGAGGGAGUUACAAAGCGUAGAAAGGAAGGCUGCCCAGGAUGCGAAGGAUCUAGCGCUUGAACGAGGCGAUGCCGUGGACAAGCCGUCUACGAGAAGGGUUAAGCUUACGAUUAGGGAGAAGUCCGUUAAGAUGGCUCCGCAAGAGCCCACGCUGGAUAAAGAUGGUGAGAGCCAUUUGGUACUGGACGGGUACAAGCCAAAAUUCAACCAAGAGCUGGAACAAAAAGGCGAAGAUGAAAAUGUGAAAGAGGAUAAUUCUGAAAAACCGACAGCAGAAUGAUAUAACGGCAUUUUGAUCAUUACUAGCAUAAUUCCGGCGUUUUGAUUAAGAUCAUUUGAGAUACCCUUAGUAGAAAAUAAUGGCAAAGACAAUUACUUAUACCGAGACACACAGUGUUGUUAAUGGCCACCACAUCAUGACCAUCCCCUUAUACGCAAUGCCGAGUUGUCCAAUUCACCGGGACUGAAGGGGUUAAUAACGACCUAGACUUUGUAAAUCCUAGUCAAGUACAAGUCACGUACGGGCAGAAGGAAUAAGAAUUGGCCAUCAACCGUCAUCCCCAGAGAGAACACUGGAGAAUCAGGGACACCUUGUGUGGGAAAGAUCUCGUCAAUUGCAGAUCUAGAACGGUACCUACUAUCGUCCGUAGUAUAGACGCCGUAAAGCCAUGUUAAGACCGAUACCAGUUGCCCAAACCAACCAUCAUAACCCUCCUUCACUUUUCACGUGAGGAAAUCGCUAAUAUUUGCAACGUUUAUCGAGGAGCGCGGUCGCCGAAUCUGCGGGGUCGCUCAGCGGUCUGCUGCUGGGUGACGGGAACGACGUUGACGGGGACGUUGUCGAACUAUAGAACAGAUCACGGUAAGCAAUUGUCAUUUAACUCGGAGACAAUAUAGGGAGAAUAAA